CACCAUCAUCACCAUCAUCACGCUCAAGCUGUUGGCCAUCACCACCACCAUGCACCUCGUGCACAACCUCCACCUCGCAUGCCAUCGACGACCGUCGUGAGUAAAAAGGUGCUAGAAGCGUGCGCCGGUAAGCCACGACGGCAUUUGGGCUCGCAACUUUACACGACCGAAGUGUCUCUCGCACCUGCUGCUGAAACACCACUUGACGCCAAGAUCAAGUUCAGCAGCAAGUCGAAGCCAAUACCGGUCUUCGAGGGCAAGGAGAAUUCGACAUUCACCGUCCGCGUACCGCGAUACUUCUUGGCUCCUAGCGAGGCGGGAAACUCCAGCCUGGAAGAGAUAUGCAAGCGGCGUCAGUUGUGGGGCACGGAAGUCUACACGGACGACUCUGACGUUGUGGCUGCUGCUAUCCAUUCAGGUUGGUUGAAGGGUGAUUUCGGCGAUUUAAAUCACGACCUGCAGCAAGCGAGCGAGAACGGUCCAGAGCAAGACACCAGUGAAGCCACUCUCUUGACGUUGACUGAACGUCCGUCGAAGCCGGUUCAAGUUCCGGAAGGCUUCGAUGCGCACAUUACCGUCCUCGUUCUGCCUCCUCUUGAGAAGUAUGCGGCGACCAGUCAACAUCACAUAUGGUCUCGAGAUUGGGCCAAGACUCACGAUGGCAUGUCAUUCAUGAUCCACAGCAUCGAAUUUGUGGAUGAGGGUGCUUCCAGUCGGUUUGCUGAGCGAGGUGCCGCCGCUCGAAAGAAUCGCAUC